GGAUGCCAGGUUGAGACGACGCGUUCAUCACCGUCGCCGAUGAAAGGCAAAGUCUAAACAAGAGGGAAUCACUCGAGAUUCUAGCACACAAUAGCGAUUUCUUAUAAACACUUAGCAUCAACGCUCCUAGGCCUGAAAAAGAUCAAGAAAAAAUGAGUCCCCACAUCGACGACGACGUCCAACCCACUGCUGCGAAUUCUGCAGCACACGACGAGAAUGGACCCUCCAGCACAACAACUACAUCGUCAGCCUCCUCCUACUUUGAUCCUCGCAAGAGUUUCACCUGGCGUCUUGGGUCCGCUUCAAAAUGGCGUCGAAUCGUUUUUGAGCAGGAGUUUGGGUCUUCCGCUUUCAGCACCGCUGAUAUUGACGAAAAGGCUAUUCGACAUCCAGUAGCUGAAGUUAUGACCCAAAGGAUUGCACGAGCAAAAGCAGAGAAAAUUGUUGGAGGAGAACUACAACAUCUUCAAGUGAAAAUAAGAAAAGAUGAAGACUCGUCCUCGGCAUCGUCGACCAAUGCAGCAACUUCUUCUAUUCGUGGUCCUGAAAUGCUUCUUACUCUUGAUCAAGUCAUCCGAUUCGACGGUGAGAUUCGUGAGAAACCAACGUCGCUUGAUGAAGCGAGACGAUAUUUGGAGUCAUACCUCCACAAUCCACAAACCUGGAUCGAGUGCGUCAACGGGUUUUGUCUCCACUGUCAAGGGCGCUACCUUACCGCCUACGAAGUCAAUAGUGUACGCUUUAGGAAGUUGACGAGGGAGAAAGUGGAGGAGUUGCUGAGGGACGCGGAGGAAGCGCUUUCCGAGUCGUCUAACACAUCCAGUACAAGUACAAAGACGAAGACAUACACAGUGAUGGAUUCCGCGGGUGGCUUUCUUCUUGAGGAGAUGGUCGAUUGCGACCCAGAAUUCGACAGUUUGGAGUCGGCUGCUUCUGGCUUGCAGACCUCUACUACGUCAGAAUCCGGACGAAGAAUAUCACUCAAUGUAGGCGUAGAGGGCCUUCCAGUACAGGCUGUGGUGAAUUUUGCGAGGUUUUUUCAGGAUUUAGUAGUCCCCUAUGGACCGAGCGCUUCCUGGGCAACCACACCCACAGAUGUGCAAUCCGCGUCAAAUAAAGCCAAAGCUAUCGACUACUGUCUCUUCGAUAUGGACGGUUUGCUCCUAAACACCGAAGACAUCUACUCGCAAGCACAGCGCGAACUUGUUGCCAGAUACGGCAAGGAGUUUACUCCUUCUGUGCGGGAGAAGAUGAUCGGGCGACCAGCAAAAUAUGCUGCUGAAAUUGCAGUCAGGGAGUUAGGCAUUGAAGACGUGCUUAGUGCGGAUGAUUUUCUGAAAGAGCGUAGCAAGAUCAUGGACGAGCGGAUGAAAGAAGCCGAUUUCUUACCCGGAGCAAAGGAGUUGUUGUACAAUUAAGGCUACUUACCCUAAUCAUACUAAUAAAUGGUAUGGAGCAAAGGAAUUGUUGUACAAUUAAGGCUACUUACCCUAAUCAUAGUAAUAAGUGGUAGGUAGUUCUUUAUCUUGAGAAGCGUUUUUCUGACUCCCAGUGAGUCGCUCCUUUGUUUCACUUUCAUUCGGAUCAUCGGGAAAAGAAACGUGUCAAAGACAAGCUUCAAGAUGAAUUUGUAUAAUUUGGCUAAGCUCUAAUAUGAACUAAAAGACGAAUUCAAAAUCCCAGUCGCCUUAGCGACGUCAAGUGCGAGACCAUUGAUGAUGAUCAAAACGACGAAAGUUCGCAAAGACUUCGACUACAUUUUCGGGUCGAACAUCGUUUGUGGAGACGAACUAGAGGGAAAAGGAAAGCCAGAACCUGAGAUUUUUCAAAGAGCAUUGAAACUUCUGACUGCAAAUCAGUCACCUGUUUCGUCAAGUGCAGCUGGUGGCGAUACAAUUACAACGAAUAGUGCCAGCACUGCUCCAGACCCUCGCAGAGUUCUUGUUUUCGAGGACGCGCCGACAGGAGUGCAGGCAAGUAUAGAUGCAGGCAUGCGGGUGUGCAUGGUUCCAGAUAGGACGCUGUCAGCAUCUCUUCGUGGCAAAGCGGACAUGGAGAUAAGGAGUUUGGAACACCUUGAUAUAGGACAAUUUUUGGGGAAUUACUCGUACUCCAAGUAGGCCUCCUGGAAAUCAAAUGAGUCAUUUUUCUUGACUCCAUAAAUUCAAAUUGUUGGCGGUUUUUCUUUGUAUUUCUACAAGCAACGGUCAUAAUGAAUAUCAAUAUCUAUGGAACAUGGAUGACAUGUCCUCGCGCAGUCGUUACAGCCAAGGAUUUUUGAGUCAGC